AUGUCUGCUCAUGCCAACGGGAAAACCCCAACGCAACGUUUCAGUCAGUCGUCUUUCCGUACCCGUGGUGACCUUCAAGAUGCCUGCAAGGCGCUCCUUGACCCUCUGGUACCCCGCUUCACUCCUCGGGGUAGUCGCGUAAAGAUUGGGUCCUCGACUACUCGGUUUGAUGAAGGCGGUGCACAGAUUGAGGGCUUUGCGCGCCCAUUAUGGGGUUUAGCUGCUUUGCUUGGCGGUAAUUGCGACUAUGCGGCUGCCUCCCGUUGGCGCGACGGCUUCAUAGAGGGAACAGAUCCAGAAAGCCCAGAAUACUGGGGAAAUAUUGAAGAUAUGGACCAGAGGAUGGUGGAAAUGUGCCCUAUUGGCUUUACCCUGGCGGUUGCGCCGCACGUUUUCUGGGAUCCAUUGACCACCAAACAGAAGGAGAAUGUCGCAAAGUGGCUUGCAAGUAUCAAUGAACGUGAAAUGCCAAAUACAAAUUGGCUGUGGUUCCGAGUCUUUGCGAAUCUGGGCCUGCGACGGAACGGAGCACCAUAUUCUCUUCCACGCAUCGAGGCUGAUAUGGAUCACUUGGACACCUUCCACGUGGGUGGAGGUUGGAGCAACGAUGGGCCCAAGAGCCAUCACCAGAUGGACUAUUACUCGGGCUCGUUCGCGAUCCAGUUCUUGCAGCUGCUCUAUUCCAAGCUGGCUGGAGACUUCGACCAACCCCGAGCAGAACGAUACCGAGAACGCGCUAAAGAGUUUGCACUGGAUUUUGUGUAUUACUUCGACCCUGAUGGGCGAUCAAUUCCUUUUGGACGAUCCAUGACAUACCGCUUUGCGAUGGUUGGAUUCUGGGGUGCCCUAGCUUUUGCGGAUGUCACUCCCCCUGCGCCACUCAGUUGGGGUGCUGUGAAAGGUCUUUUACUUCGGCAUUUCCGUUGGUGGGCCACACAAGAGGAUAUGUUCAAUAGUGAUGGGACGUUGAACCUAGGGUACUCUUACGCUAAUAUGUUCCUAACCGAGAACUACAACUCCCCAGGCUCGCCGUACUGGUGUUGCCUGUCGUUUGUCCCACUUGUCCUACCCCAUUCGCAUCCCUUUUGGGCCGCUGAAGAGGAGGAAUAUCCGACGUCGCUUUCAGCGGUAGCGGUUCUCAAGUACCCAAAACAUAUCAUUGUUCACCAAGGUGGACACACUUUUCUUCUCUCAUCAGGGCAGGCUUGCCAUUAUCCGGUUAGAGCGAUCCAGGCUAAGUACGGCAAGUUUGCAUACAGUGCCUCUUUUGGAUACUCCGUACCAACUGGCGGCUACCAGCUGGAACAACAUGCCCCUGAUAGUAUGCUGGCACUUUCCGAUGAUGGUGGUGAUAUCUGGCAAACACGGCGGGUUGUGGAAAACGCACGUAUCGAAUACCGAGAGAAAGUGCCGGUUCUGAUCUCAGACUGGAGGCCAUGGUCCGACGUCGAAGUUGAGACAUUCCUGAUACCACCUGUCGAGGGAAGCCAGAACUGGCAUAUCCGUGCUCACCGUAUUCGUACGGGUCGGAACCUCCAGACAUCAGAAGGAGCGUUCGCGAUCUACGGGUGCCAGAGUAACAAUGGCCGCAUUCUGAAGCCUUUCGCUGACUCUUCAAAUUCGUCGUCUGAGGGAACUUCAGCAGAGGCCCAAAAUGCACUUACCGUUUCCUCAGCUGGCGCUGUAGGUAUUGUGGAGUUGCAAUCAACGACAGAUCGUGCAGGAAGAAUCGUCCUGGCAGACCCAAACUCCAAUCUUCUUCACGGCCGCACUCUACUGCCGUCUCUGGGCGCUGACCUGAAGCCAGACACGCACGCCUGGUUCGUGAGCGCAGUAUUUGCUUUGCCAGCACAUGGAAAUGGCGAGAAUUGGAAAGAUAUUUGGACUGAUAAAUGGAAUAAGCGGCCGGUUAUCCCAGGAUGGUUGAAGGAACUGGUGAAAGGUUGA